CUUUUUUUUACUCUCCCCGCGUUAAGUUCAGUUUUCCUAAAAUUGUUUUAAAUUCUUUUUGGGUUUAGAAAAGCCUUACUGUUUUUCGCGCGCGCUCUCCACCCGCCGCCGUGGCCGCCCGGCGAUGAACGGCGGGGCCCUGCCGCCGCUGCCCCCCGCCGCCCCCCGCGGCCGCCGGCGGCCCGCCUCCCCCGAGCUGCUGCGCUGCAAGCGCCGCCUGGCCCUGGCCGCCCUGCCCGGCACCGGCGCGGCGGCGGCGGCCGUGGCCCGGCGGAACGAGCGGGAGCGCAACCGCGUGCGGCUGGUGAACCUGGGCUUCGCGGCGCUGCGGCAGCACGUCCCGCACGGCGCCGCCAGCAAGAAGCUGAGCAAGGUGGAGACCCUCCGCUCCGCCGUCGAGUACAUCCGCGCCCUGCAACGGCUCCUCGACGAGCACGACGCCGCCUUCCCCGACGGCCGCGGGCGGGCUGCCGGCGGGGAAGGCGGCGGCGGCGGCGGCGGCUACUCCUCGGCGUCGCCCUCCUUCGCCUCCUCCGUGCCCGGCUCGCCGUGCUCCUCCGAGGAGAGCGGCUACGACGCGGCGCUCAGCCCCGAGGAGCGGGAGCUGCUGGACUUCACCAGCUGGCUCGGGAGCAUCUGACCCGGCGGGAGCCGCGCUCAGCCCGCAGUCCCUCCGCAGCCGUCACCAUCCCCCCGCAAAAAGAAACCCGAACACCCUCCUGCCCCCCCGCUGGCCACUUGGCUCGCCGGGCUCGCCCGCCGGCGGGGAGGCGAUGGGUGCCCGGUGGGCGAUGGGUGCCCGAGCGGAGGGGACCCGGCCCGGGCGCCUGGGGGAAGAAGAGAAAGUCCAACCACCUGAUGCUUCCUUGUUUCUGGAGGGGGAGGGGCUUUUUUAUCGUGCCGGAUUCUAUUUUAUAUGUAACUUGAACUGACUACAGGAACACUGGUGUAUGAAGACUUAUUUUUGUACAAGAAACCUUAGAGAAAGGGGUGAGGAGAUGGUUCUAUUUUUAGCAAGCCCGGUUCCCCCGCUCCCCGACGCUGCCAGCACGUUUGGGGAACAUACUCUGUUUAGAUAAACAGGUGGGGUUUUAUCCUCUCCAAACACUUUAGUAAAAGACUGUAAAGUUCUGUUGUGUCUUAACGUGGUGUCUGAGUUUGUCUGGUGUGAAGGUCCACUUCUCUGAAAACUGAAGUUUUCUUUUUUAAAAAAAUUGUAUUGAAGGCAUUUUUGUAUGCACUUGCUAAGAUUUCUUAAGUUGUACAUAUGCAGUUUUUAAAAGAGUAUCAUAUUUUAUGUAAAUUGACUUUAUAAAUAAAAAUCUAUUUAUAAAUGG